CUUCAGCUCUUCCCCAAGAUGGAUAGUGAAAGAGAAUCGGUAUUGCCGCCUCAUGUACUCAUAUUCCCCUUACCAAUUCAAGGGCCAGUCAACUGUAUGCUAAAACUUGCAGAGCUCUUCUGUAUUAAUGGUCUGAAAGUAACUUUCCUAAACUCACAACACAUCCAACGUUGUUUAUCAAGCUGCACUAAUACUGAAUCAUACUUUCAACGCUAUCCCAAUUUUCGAUUUGAAACCGUGCCGGAUGGCCUUCCCGAAGACAAUCCCCGCACAGUCAAUGAAUUUUUCGAGAUGUUGGAUUCUAUGAAAGCUGUGGGUGUGCCACUAUUUCGGGAAAUGGUAACUUCUGGUCCUUAUGGUCCCAACUCUGAGAACCCAAUCACUUGCAUGGUGGCCGAUGGAGCAUUCUGCUUUGCAGUUGAUAUUGCUAAACAGAUUGGGGUUCCGCUCCUUUAUUUCGAUACUAUUAGCCCUUGUUGUCUAUGGACUUAUCUCUGCCUUCCCAAACUCAUUGAAGCUGACGAGUUUCCUUUCAAAGGGGAUAACUUGGACAAGAUUGUUGUUAAUGCACCAGGAAAGGAAGGUUUUCUAAGGCGCCGGGAUCUUCCUGGCUUUUACCGUACCAAGGACCUUAAUGAUCCCGAUAUACAAUCAGUUCUAAAGGAGAACAGGAACCUUUCCUUGGCCCAAGGGCUGAUUUUGAAUACAUUUGAGGAACUUGAUGCUCCCAUAUUAUCAGAAAUGUCCAAAGUCUGUCCAAAAUUCUAUGCUGUAGGGCCGCUCCACACUCACGUGAAAACUAGACUCGGGACGGGAACCACGUCAAAUAGUAUUCUGAAAGAAGACAGGAGUUGCAUCCCCUGGCUUGAUAUGCAACCCCUCAAAUCUGUUUUGUUCGUUAGCAUUGGAAAUCUAGCAGUCAUGACCAACGAACAACUCAUGGAAAUCUGGUAUGGUUUGGUGAACAGUGGAACAAGAUUUUUAUGGGUCCGAAGGCCGGGUUCAAUCGCUGGAUUGGAAAAAGAAUUUGAGAUUUCCAUGGACUCCUCUCAAGCUACAAAAGAGAGAGGCUAUAUCGUGAGUUGGGCUCCACAAGAGGAGGUCUUAGCCCACCCUGCAAUUGGAGGGUUUUUGACCCAUAGUGGAUGGAACUCAACAUUAGAAAGUAUAGUGGAGGGGAAGCCCAUGAUAUGCUGGCCAUAUAAUGUUGACCAGCAAGUGAAUAGUAGGUAUGUGGGAGAGUUUUGGAAGCUUGGUUUGGACAUGAAAGAUAUAUGCGACAGAGUGACAGUUGAAGGGAUGAUCAAGGAGCUUAUGGAAUUGAAGAAGGACGAAUUCUGGCAAAGGGCUGAUCACUUAGCCAACAUUGCAAAGGCAAGUGUGCGUGAAGGUGGGAGUUCGUACAAAAAUCUGGACCAACUGAUCCAAGAAAUCAAGUCGACGACGUUCUCAACAUUGCAGGGUUAGUUUUAGUCACUACAUACUCCAUCUUCAGUCAUUUCUUCUCUUGAGUGUGUUACUGGCUAGACGGAGACUGUUGAUUGUCAAAUGUUUCCCUGAAAUUUUUCUUGAUUAUGAAAAAGAUUGAUCUCUUUCUUUGUUAUGCUUUGAUGGACUUCCAAGUGUUUAAUGAAUGGCCCGUUACUCUUAUGUCGAUUCAAGCUUCAGCCACAACCCAAAACUAAUUUAUCUCGGUUCCAUGUUUAGUCCAUUUCAUAUGAGAAAUGUUAUCGAUCUUUGUCAAUGAGCAAAA